UAUUUCAUCGUCUCUCGGGGUUCUCCACUUCUCCUCCAGACCUCCGCCGGUCUACAGACUACGGCUCGGCCCCUCCCAAUUCCAAUGGCCUCGCCCUACCAGCGCCGCCACCUCCCCUCCUCCUUCCUCGCCCCCGCCGCGGCCCUACUCAUCGCCUUCCUCCUAGCGCCGCUAGCCUCCGCCCAAACGCCAUGGAAGUCCUGCGGCGGGAGCAGCAACUACACCUUGAACAGCACCUACCAGGCCAACAUCCGGCUCCUCUCCACCACCCUACCCAAGAACACCUCCUCGUCGCGGACGCUCUUCGCGACCGAAAGCGUAGGGACCCUGCCGGACAUCGUCUACGCGCUCGCUCUCUGCCGCGGCGACACCAACGCCUCCGCCUGCGGCGACUGCGUCGCCACUGCCUUCCAGGACGCGCAGCAGCUCUGCGCCUACGACAAGGACGCCACCGUCUAUUACGACCCCUGCUUCCUCCGCUUUUCCAACCAGAAUUUCCUCUCCUCUACCGGCGGCGACAACGGCAACCCCCUCAUCCUGACGAACACACAGAACGUGACCGCGCCGGUGAAGGUGUUUAACGAUGCUGUGGGCGUGCUCAUGAACGCCACCGCGGAUUACGCGGCCAGGAACUCCUCCAAGCGGUUCGCCACAGGAGAGGAGGGAUUCGAGACGGUCGACAAGGGAAAACCAAAGAUUUACGGGCUGGCGCAGUGCAGGCCUGACAUGGCAUCCAACGAUUGCCGGAGCUGCCUCGCAAAUAUCAUCCCGUACAUACUCCAAUACAUGAGCGGGAAGCAGGGCGGUAGGAUUCUUGGAAUUCAGUGCAACUACAGGUACGAGCAGUAUCCAUUCUUCACCGGUCCUUCGCUGCUACAGCUCCCGGCGCCUUCCUUGGGGGCAGCUCCAGAGCCAGCGCCGGGGAAUCCAACGCUACCGGUGGCCGGAGGAGCAGGAACAACAAACAGUACUGGCAGGAUUUUAGCAAUCGCACUGCCUAUAGUCGCUGCAAUUUUGGCUGCUGUAAUAUUUUGUCUUUGUCUGUGGAGGAGGAAGAGGAAACCGGCACGAAAGCAAUCACUACCUUAUUCAACCAAUCCAGAGGACAUACAAACUAUCGAUUCACUCAUUCUUGAUCUAGCAACUCUACGAGUCGCAACAGAUAACUUUGACGAAAGCAAUAAACUUGGUGAAGGAGGGUUUGGUGCGGUUUAUAAGGGAAUCCUUGCUGGCGAUGAGGAAAUAGCAGUUAAAAGACUCUCACAAAGUUCUCGACAAGGAAUAGAGGAGCUGAAAAAUGAGCUUGUCUUGGUUGCUAAGCUUCAACACAAGAAUUUAGUGAGACUUGUGGGUGUUUGCUUGGAAGAACAUGAAAAAUUACUUGUGUAUGAAUACAUGCCCAACAAAAGCAUCGACACCAUUCUUUUUGAUUCUGAAAGAAGCAGUCAGCUAGAUUGGGGGAAAAGAUUUAGGAUUAUCAAUGGGAUUGCUCGAGGCUUACAAUAUCUCCAUGAAGAUUCUCAGCUCAAAAUAAUUCAUCGGGACCUUAAAGCAAGCAAUGUUCUGUUAGACAAUGAAUUUAAUCCUAAGAUUUCAGAUUUUGGGUUAGCAAGGCUAUUCGGAAGUGAUCAAUCACAAGAUGUCACGAACCGUGUCGUCGGAACCUAUGGAUACAUGGCCCCAGAGUACGCUAUGCGUGGGAAUUACUCCAUCAAGUCAGAUGUUUUUAGCUUUGGUGUGUUGAUACUAGAAAUUGUCACAGGAAGAAGAAACAGUGGCUCUGAGUCAGAGCAAUCUGUUGACCUCUUAAGUUUGGUAUGGGAGCACUGGACACUGGGAACAAUUCUAGAGAUCAUGGAUUCAUCCAUGACUAACCAUUCUCCUGGAGACCAGAUCCUGAAGUGCAUUCACGUUGGACUUCUUUGUGUUCAAGAGGACCCAGCAGAUAGACCGAUGAUGUCGGUGGUGAAUGUCAUGCUGAGCAGCAGCACCGUCUCUCUCCAAGCUCCAUCUAGGCCAGCAUUCUGCAUCCAAAAGUGGGGUACCAAAGACUCAGACAUACACUCGGAGCCAUACCGAGGAGUUUCGCAGUCCACCAGCAGGUCACCUAUGUCACCAAACGAAGUUUCUAUUACUGAACUUGAGCCGAGAUAAGCCCCAGAUUAUUGUGGAGUCCUUUGUGUGUACCAUUUUGCAAAAAAUAAUGAGGUUUGAUGUAGGGAAAGACCCUACUUCAUGUGUAUUUAUUUACUCAUCCCCUUUGGUAGAUAUUUUAUGAUUUCAAUGGCAGAUUACAAUAGUUGUUGCCUAGUUGGUUGUAUCUGGAUUGUCUAUUUAUUGGGUUACUAAACAUUUAUAAUGCAAUAUCGUACAAUAA